CUGUACGGAGGAGCGCUCAGAGCCUCAGACACGCUUCACUCGAAGAAGAGCUAGAACGAGACACGCUGCAAGAAAACUAUCUCUGUUAUGAGCUACAUAGUGUUCAUUUGACGGAUUAUCUGAACAGAAACAAUGCUUUGAAAAUGAUUCCACUGAUAAACAUGAGGUUUACCAAACUGUCUCUGUUCUGUGAAUUGGCAAUCGUCUAUCUUGUGCUGAUAAACGCAGGGUGGUGCGCCGUUUCUGAGAGGAAAGUAUGCCAAGGAACCAAUUUUAAACUGGCUUCUCUGGGUCAUCCGGACGAUCACUACAGAGACAUGUUGCGCAUGUACAGUAACUGUACAGUAGUGCUGGAGAACCUGGAGAUCACCUAUGCUCAAGGGUACCACGACCUGUCCUUCCUCAAGAGCAUUGAAGAAGUCCGAGGCUACGUGCUUAUUGGAGUAAACAGCAUCGAUGUGAUACCCUUGGAAAACCUGCGGCUCAUUCGAGGACAUUCUCUAUUCGAUGGCAAAUACGCCCUCACUGUAAUGUUUAACUACGGCAUAAAUGAGUCCUCAAAAAACACCAGCGGCCUCAGAGAGCUGCGUUUGAGAAGUCUCUCAGAAAUUCUUAAAGGUGGAGUUAAAAUAACCCACAAUCAUUUGCUUUGCAACGUGGAGACCAUACAGUGGUUGGACAUUGUAGAGCAUGGCAGCGAUGUGCUUGUGUUUAGACAAAUCGAUCAUCAGUGUAGACCGUGUGAUUCAGGCUGCAAUAGUGGAUCAUGUUGGGCUCCAGGACCAGAGAACUGCCAGAUCUUGACGCGCCUGAACUGUGCCGAGCAGUGCUCGCGGAGGUGUAUGGGCCCCAAACCCAUCGACUGCUGCAAUGAACACUGCGCCGCCGGCUGCACUGGACCCAAGCCCACAGACUGCCUGGCCUGCAGAGACUUCCAAGACGACGGGACAUGCAAGGACUCGUGUCCACCUCUAAUGCUGUACGACCCCAUUAACUACCAACUCGUUCCCAAUCCUAACGGGAAGUACAGCUUUGGAGACACAUGUGUGAAGAAGUGCCCUCAUAACUUUGUAGUGACUGAUAACGCCUGCGUUCGAUCCUGCGGCAGUAACAUGCAAGAAGUGGAAGAAAACGGCAUCAUAACGUGCAAGAAAUGUGAAGGCUUGUGCCCAAAAGUGUGUAAUGGCCUCGUCACAAUCGACGCAACCAACAUCGAUUCAUUCAUCAACUGCACUAAAAUAAAUGGGCACAUUACUAUAUUGCAGUUAACUUUUAAAGGAGAUGUUUACACAAAUACUCCAAGCAUGGACCCUGCCAAACUUGACUAUUUCAAGACGGUGAAGGAAAUUUCAGGCUACCUAUUUAUCAAAGACUGGCCUGAUCACCUUAAAUCCCUCAGUCCCUUUGAGAACCUGGAGAUCAUCAGAGGAAGAACCAAACUACAAAGCACCAUCAGUUUUGCAGCUCUGAAUAUUCCUCAUCUGGAGCAUCUGGGUCUGCAUUCGCUGAAGGAGAUCAGUGAUGGAGAUGUGGUGGUUAGGAACAAUCCUCAGCUGUGUUACGCAGACAGCAGAUACUGGCAGAAGCUCUUCAGAUCUGAGCAACAGCGCAUACGCACUGCAAACAACGCAGCACCUCACAUCUGUGAGCAGCAGAACAGCACCUGUGACAGUAUGUGUGGAGAUGAAGGCUGUUGGGGUCCGGGGCCGUCCAUGUGUGUCUUCUGUCAGCACGCCAGCCGUAGGGGACGCUGUGUCAGUCACUGCAACCUGCUGGACGGACACCCUCGAGAGUACAUGUCAAAUAAUGUGUGUUUGGCUUGUGACCCACAAUGCAAAACUCUAAACGGGACGGCAAGUUGUCAUGGGCCGGGUGCUGAUCAGUGUACAGAGUGUGCUCACUUUAAAGAUGGGACACACUGCGUGACACAGUGUGCACACAAAGUGCAAGGCCUUAAUAACAGACUAGUCUGGACAUACCCAGACAAAGCAGACAGUGCCAGCCAUGCCAUACUAACUGUACACAAGGGUGCAGUGGACCAGGACUGCAUGGCUGUGAACCGAAAGGAUCUUGCCUUGGCCCUGUGGAUCAAUCAGCAAAGGAUAACGAAAAGCUUUCUUGACGAUGAUGCCGUUCUGAAUAGAUUUCAUCAUUAGGGAGACCCUGCAGGUUCCAUUCUCCUAUUGUGGUGUUAUCCACCAGCAUGUUGAUCAAAUUAAAGUUCUGCGGGGAAAACCAUUGUAUACGAUUUAUAAGCUGUAAAAACAAGCUUGAAUAUAAAACUGAUUUUAUAUAUCAUUUAUAUAUAACUCUUAUAGGUAACUCUUUACUUGAAGAGGUCAUAAACAUGAUUGUCAUGAGGGCAUAAUAAUUGUGUCAUGAAUAUUUUUCACUUCUUCACUGGAACAAGCUAUAUUUUUCAUUCAAAUGUUUCAUUAAAGGUGUCAUU